AUGACGUCGGUGAACAAGAAGAGAAAUCCAAGAAAGAAUCAGGUUCAAAAGGAUUUGACAAUGGAGACCGAGGAUGGAACUCAGGCGGAUCGUCCGAAGAAGAAGAUCGUGAAGAAGAGAAGUGCAGUUGUCAGACGGGCGGCACAGUAUGGAGAAGUGAAUGAGGCGAUGUUGAAAGACUUUGUGAAGACUACCAUUGAAACGGGAGUCAAGAAUAUAGCUACAGAGUUUGUGGCUCUGAAAAUGGAAACUCAGUCGUGUCAGAAGCCAAAAACUGGCCACGAGACUCAUCCGGAGAAGAAUCGGUACAAGGAUGUUUACUGCAUCGAUGAGACUCGCGUUGUGUUGAAAUGGCCGGAAGACAAUCCCAAUGACUACAUCCAUGCGAAUUGGGUCAAGAUCAAUGGACUCAACAAGUUCAUUUGCACUCAAGGACCCACUGAAAAAACGAUUGACGAUUUCUAUAGAAUGAUUUGGCAGGAGAAGGCUCCGUGUGUUGUAAUGCUUUGUAAUAUAAUGGAAUUGGGAAAGAAGAAAUGUGAGCAAUAUUGGCCAGAGUCGGUUGAUGGAGCCAUGGUUUUGAUGGAUGGAAAGUUGACGGUAAAGAUAACGGAAGCAGCGAAAGAAGUGGAACAGAAUAUCCUGCUCAUGAAGAUUUCGAUCACUGAUGAUAAGGGCGCAGUUCAUGCAUUUGAACACUGGCAAUGGAAGGCUUGGCCGGAUCGUGGAGUUCCGGAAAUUCCAAUGGCGGUUUUCAGACUUCUUAUUCGACUCAAAACAGCUAGCCCCAUCAUUGUCCACUGCUCCGCUGGCAUCGGUCGUACUGGAUCUAUCGUUGGUCUUGAGAUUGCUCUUGUCAAGUUUUGUGCCGGAGAAAAAGUAAUUCUGAAGGAAAUUGUCAAGGAUAUCCGGAAUCAACGUCAUGGAUCUGUUCAAACUGAUGCUCAAUAUCUAUUCAUGCAUCGUGUACUUUUGGCGUUGGCUGAGAAUCGAAAGAUUACUAGUCCGGAGAUGAGCGUUUUUGUGACCGAGUACGAUAAGCUGAUUGCAACGAAGAAUGGAUGA